CUGGAAUCUAUACCAAUAAUGGAGCCAUCGCCAGUGGAACAAGCCUCAGUCGAGCUAAGGGAGGUAAACGACACCUCCCGAAAUGACGACCAACCGACUUUCGAAGCCGUAACCGCAACCAGCAUAACAAAAAGGCACAGGUUACUAAUAGUAAUUUUCAUCGUAUCUAGCAAUAUGGUCCAGAUGAUAUCUAACAUGGUUGGACUCGCCGCCGGACUUGAGAUAAGCAACUCACUGGGCUAUGCAACUGGUCCUGGCAAAGCCAACUGGGCGGCCGCGUCCUACCCGCUGACGCAAGGCACCUUCGUUCUGAUCAGCGGUCGCCUCGGUGCCGUCUACGGCCAUCGACAUGUCCUCAUCGGCGGCGCUGUCUGGUUCGUCAUUUGCUCACUCGCAAACGGCUUCUGCAAGACGUUUGUCACUUUCAAUGUUGUCCGUGCGCUGUCUGGUAUCGGAGGAGCAUUAAUCAUGCCGAACGCUGUUGCUCUGAUCAGUACGACAAUACCACCUGGAAGAUCGAGAAAUGUCACGCUGGGAUUUUUCGGGGCCUCGGCUCCUAUUGGAGGUUACCUUGGUGCUAUUUGGGCUGGUAUUUUUGUUGAAUAUGUGGACUGGACGUGGAUAUUCUUCGGCUUGGCAAUCUUGGGGACAUUUGUUUUCGGGAUUCUGGCGUUACUUCUCCCAACUGACUCUCCCGUUGACCGAAAAGGGACAAUUGAUUGGAUCGGCGCAUUCCUCGGUACGGGCGGCCUGAUUGCUUUCAAUAUUGCUUGGAACCAAGCACCAGCGAGCGGAUGGGAAACGCCUUUCGUAUCCGUUUUGCUCGUGAUAUCAGUUGUCAUGCUCGUUCUCUUUGGGCUCUGGGGGUCAAGGUUUAGCAAGAAUCCCAUCAUACCACUCGGGAUAUGGACAGCACCAUCCUUUACAGCCGUCAUCUUGGUCGUUCUCUUUAGUUUCAUGUCCAACGGCAUCUUCCUCUGGUACAUGGUGGCAUGGCUUCAACUUCUGCGUGGUAAAACCAUCCUCCAGUUUGGCCUUGAGUGGACUCCAUUUGGGAUUGUUGCAACGAUCGGCACGUUCCUCGCAGCAUGGCUGAUUCCACGCCUCGCUGCGCAAUGGAUAUUGGCAAUUGGUACCGCUGCUAUCUUAGUCGCGAAUCUACUCUUGGCUACGAUGCCGGUCCAGCAGACGUACUGGGCUCAGGUCUUCCCAGCGACGAUAUUCAUGGCCUUCUGUCCAGACUUUGUCUACGUUGCGGCGCAGAUCGUUGCUAGCAACAGUGUCAAACGUAGCCAGCAGGGCGUUGCUGCAUCUCUCAUUGGCACGCUUAACUUGUAUGGGAACAGUCUCGGUCUUGGAUUUGCGGGGACGAUCGAGACGCAGGUGAACAAAUAUCGGGCUGAUCAAGUGCUUGGAUACAGGGCUGCAUUGUAUUUUGGAGCCGGCAUCGCCUUGGUAGCGACCGUGCUGGACUCGCUACUGGUACGGGUAGUAAAGGAUGAGAGGGAGGGAUGGACUGAUCCGGCGGACGAAGUAGCAAUUAUGGGGACAGGGUUUGAGGGAGGAUUGUCGACGGCUACUGAGAGAAUCCGGCGGUGACAGGCUGCCUGCAGAGUUUACGGGACUCGCGGGUUUUGGGCUUCGGUCUCCGGUCCUCAGCAACUGGCUCUUCCUCCUGUAAGACACACCAAGCGGUACAGCUGGAUGCAUCAUCGUCGCUCUACCCCGUAUUGUCUUUGCUGUUACAUUUUUGAUCAGAAUAAACAUCAUAGGGAAUAUUCAUUUUGUUUUCUUCUUUAAUUUAUAGAGUACUUAGAUCACGAGC